AUGGGCGAUAGGAUACCGCGACGCGGUGCCGGCGCCCCUUUCUACGCGCCCCCGCGGCGCAAGACCUCUGCCGAGAUCAUCAGUGAGGCAAGAGCUGCUAUAUUUGACGAAAUGAGCGGCGCAUCGAGUGGAUCUAGUGUGGGCGGGUUGCGACCGCUGCGCACGCGCCGGCCGUUCACGCCGCGCGAGCCACAGCGGACUCUGUUCACUGACCGCGCCCGCAAACGGGACCCGAGACCACCCAGUGCUUUUGAUCUGAAAUACCUCAGUCUAUCAGAAGACAACGAAGGCGCUCCGAUAACGAGUACCCGCGUCACAAGCUUUGCUGAGGAAGAUUCAAGUCCAGUACAUAAAACGGAUAGUAAAUAUCCGACGAAGAAAGAUAAUUCGAUGAAAGAUGGCAUUACCUGGAGUGGAUUUACCAAACUUCCCCAUCUUAGUGGUAGAAGUAAGCCGUUACAUCGAAGAAAUACAACAGGACAGAUAACAGUUGAAGCCCCAUCUACAAUAUCUAAUCUAUCUCAAAGUAUAUUAGUGACUAGACCAUUGGGUGCAAAUAUUGAUGCGGAAUCAACGAAAGACAUCUCCAAAGAUUUACCAGGGUCUAAAUCACAUGUUGCGGACACAGCAGCUAACAAGCGACGUACAUUUGGAAUAACAAAAUCAGUGUCUUGCGACGCCGGCUCCGGUAUCGGAGAUAUCCCAGUCAGACAUUUAGCACUGCAGCUUCCGAAUACUUCUUUUGAUAAUUAUGAAAGUAUGACCACGCUAGAAUUAGCCGAAGCAUUAGCGGCACAAAGUAGUCAUGACGUUGAGAAGACUUUGCAAUUGUUAGAACCGCUUCAGAACAUUCUAGAGAAGUCUACGCCUUCUAAUAAUCUACGUGAGCUGGUCAUCCGCUCUCUCUACGUUCAUAUUGAUAAUGAAGACGAACGUAUAUUGGUGGCUAUCGCUAGAGCAAUGCUUACGAUGCGUGUAACCGGUAAACAUUUAGCUGCGGCGUGCAAAUUGGUCUUCAAAAUCGCCAGGAAUGACAAAAACGACCAUUUCUUCCGGAGUAGCAAUUUAUUAGAACUGCUAGUGGAAGGAUGUGGUCGUGCGGACCCUUUAGCGGAAAGCGAGUGCUGCGUGUACGGUGCCGGGGCGCUCCGCUUCCUCGCGCUGGAGCCCCGGCUGUGUGUGCUGGCACACGACGCCGGAGCCCUACACCUCGCCGCGUUACAUCUCAAGAUAUUCAAUAAUGCGAAAGCGGAGAGACCACGUCAAGUACGGGAGCAAGCUACACACGCACUGUAUCAGCUGACAGGAGCGCUGCGGAACCUAGCGAAUGGCGGUGCCAAGACGGCGACUGAUUUUGUCAGUAGUGGCGCUCUUGGUGAACUGUUGGCUGCUCUACCGCUGCAUACUGAUAGAGAUGUGCUCACUAAUGUAGCACGUUGUCUUAGUGUACUAUCAGCUGAGGAAGCAUGCUGCGAGUGGUUGUGCAGGUCGCCAUGCAGCGCUCGAGCGCUGUUACGCACACUGGCAGCGUGUGCGUCACGCGCUGCACUAACUGUCAGAUUGACGUAUACUCUAGGCAACAUGGCCGCCGCGGAUGAACAGGCCAGGAUAAACAUUUAUAAUGAAGAAGGUGGCAUUGACGUGAUCCUGACGAUAUUAGAAUCGUAUACAAAUCGCAAGGAUCGAGACGCUAAAGAUUUGGAAGAAGAUACCGACCUCCAUUUAGUAGGUUCAGAUUUAGGUGGAUCAGAUGGCUCGAACGAAGAUGUUCUGAUUAAGACGGUACGCGUUGUUGCCAACCUCUGCUUGUCAGAUCUUGCCGGCCGCGGUAUUGCAAUGCAUCAUGCCCAACGAACUAUAAAAGCUUUGCUCGCCUGUUUGGAUGUAGCAGAGAGAACUCCUGAAAAAUUGGUUAGUGAAAGUGAAGAAAUCAGUGAAGAUAACUGGAACAUGGAUCGUAGAGAGGAGCUAGCCACGGCUGCACUCGCCACUCUCAACAAUAUCACCUUCUAUCUAGAGCCCACUGACACUCUGGAUCCUUUGGAUGAUAAUGUAGAACAACUUUGCAAAGCAACCUGUCGUUGGCUACACAAAGCGGGGGAUGGGUCCCAGCUGUCGGCAUGCGAGGCGGUGCGUGCGCUCGGCAACCUGUCGCGCUCGAGUCGCGCCGCGCGGUGGCUGGUACUAGAGGGCGCACUGGAUGCACUGCCUCCGUUCCAAGAACACGAGGACGCUAGUGUGCGGUACGCGGCGGCGGGCGUGCUGGUGAAUGUAUGCGGUUCAGGCGCGGAGCCCGGGGCAGCAGCGGGUGCAGCUGCGGCGGCGCUGCGUGCUGCGGCCAGCACCCGCGACGCACCCGCUGCCGCGCUGCUGGCCCGUGCGCUCUGGAACGCGCACGCGCACCGCCCCUUACCGCCUGCGCACGCGCAUCUCAUCACCGCCGCGCUCAAUUUAUCUUCGUUUCCAGACGAUGAUUCUGUGUUCACGGCGUGCGCCGCGCCUCGCUCCCACGAAUGCGACUCUAACGAUCCGGAAAUCAAACGUCUUGUGAAGUUCGAAAUGGAUAGCCAACGUAUGCACAUUGAAGAAGCUAAACAAAGGAACUCGGACAAAGGUAUGUCCGAGGAUCAUCAUCAUGGUUCUGGGGACGAAGAUUGGGAUAGAACAGGAUACUCGGGGGAGGAUCUGGGUUUCGAAGAAGGGGAUAUAACUGUAGAAGAGGAAUGUAGUUGCGAACCAUGCAGGCGGUUGGCUGCCUGGGAUGAGUUAGUUGGAGUGGCGAUACCACUACUGGAAAAGAUGAAACCACCCAGAACGGAUGCAUCCGUUGGUACUGAAUGA